CGCUAAUCCAGUCUGACGCCAACAUAACCAUGGGAAAGAUCAUUUUUUACGAGGACAGAAACUUCCAAGGGCGCUCUCAUGAGUGCAACAGCGACUGCGCCGACCUCCACUCCUACUUCAACAGGUGUAACUCCAUCAGGGUGGAGAGCGGCUGCUUCAUGGUGUACGAGAAGCCCAACUACUUGGGCAACCAGUACUACCUGAGAAGAGGAGAGUACUCCGACAACCAGCGAGUGAUUGGAAUGAGCGACUGUGUGCGGUCUUGCAGGCUAAUUCCUCAGCACCGAGGCUCUUACAAGAUGAGGCUCUACGAACGCCCCGACAUGUCGGGCCAGAUGCACGAGCUGGUGGAAGACUCCCCGAACAUCCAGGACCGCCUCAACACCUCCGACUUCAACUCCUGCAACGUGAUGGACGGCCACUGGCUGCUGUACGACCAGCCCAACUACAAAGGCCGGAUGUACUACCUGAGGCCCGGGGAGUACAGGCGCUACAGCGACUGGGGAGGAGUCAGCCCGAGGGUCGGCUCCCUCAGAAGAAUCACGGACGCCAACUGAGCCGGGCGUCAAGAUUUUAACUACUGAUUUCCCAAUAAAUGUCACUG